AAAGAUAAUACAAAGAUGUGCCAGACAUUUACGUUAAAGAAUGUCGCUCUCUCUCCAAUUCCUCAGAGGAAGCUUCCUCGAAGCUGCCCUGCUUCCGCCUCUCCGCCCCUCCAUUUAUGCCCCCCCGCAACCUCUCCCCCAACCAUCCCCGACCCAAUCCUCUCCCUCUUCUCGAUCUCCCCUGACCCAUCUCUCUUCCGGUGUUCGGCCGGUGCCUCCACAAUCGCCGCCAUGAAGCUCAUCAGAAAGCUCAGCCCCAAACGCCUCUUCGUCUCCAAGAAGGCCUUGUCGAAGUCCGAUCUGCCGUCCUUCAGCUCCGGGUCCACGUCCUCCACUUCCUCCGAGGCCUCCUCCUCCGUCCACAAGCGCCGUGUCCCGGAGUCCACCACCCCCGUCAGCGUCCUCCCCGGUGAGUGGUCCGACACCGACAUGAACUUCGAGCUCUUCCGCCUCCGCUCCUCCAAGUCGAUCGACCGGGAGGGCUACGGCGUUGUCUCGAGGGCGGAGCUGGAGGCCCUCCUGAGCCGGCUCGGCGCCGAGCCCCCCGCGAGCCGGGAUGAGGCGGCGCUGAUGCUGAGGGAGGCCGGCUGCAGCGACGCCGAGUCCUGCCUCAGCAUGGACGACCUGCUGGGGCGGGUCGGGCCUGCGGGCGGCCCGGUUUGCGACUCGGAGCUCCGGGAGACGUUUGACUUCUUUGACGCCGACCACGACGGGAGGAUAACGGCGGAGGAGCUGCUGGGGGUGUUCACGACGGUGCUGGGGGACGAGCAGUGCACGUUAGAGGACUGCAGGCGCAUGAUAGCGGAGGUGGACAGGAAGAGGGACGGGUUCGUGUGCUUCGAGGACUUCACCCGCAUGAUGGAUCUUCAGAUAUGAUUGAUCAUCAUGAAUGAUGUUCCCAGAUCGUGUGGUCCUGAUGAGUGGUGGUGUUUGGAGGGGACACAUACUUUAUUGUUCCUUUUCCCUGCCGUAAAUAUGCGGAAUAUCAAAUACUUAUCAUUUACUUAAUAUUAGACAAAUGGAAAAUCACUUCAAUGCAUUCUAUCGUCGCAAUUGCUCAAUUUAUUUCUGUAAUUUCUUGCUUAAAUCAAUCAAAAUUGAUCGUCCAGACAA